CGCCGCCGCCGCCGCCGCGACCUCCGCCUUAGAAGCCACCCGAUCUGCCUUUCCCCCGGCACUUGAUGACUCCUGGAAGCUCUGAGCUGGGCUGGAGUAGCAGUGAAGUGUAAUGCAUUGUGGGACGUGUGUAAAGCGGGAUCUUUCCAAGGCUGGCAAAGGAGCGGACCUGCAGUUUUCUGCCUGAUGAUGGACGAGGCAGGGGCAAAAUGUUGCUGGCAGAGCCCAGCCGGGCUGUGCGUGUAAAGGGACGGAUGUGCAAGGCGAAUGCAGCGGGCGAGCCGUGAGGCCUGUCUCAUGGUGCUGCGGCUGCUCCUGCUCCUGCUCCUGCUCGUGCUGGAUUAGACUGCAGGUAGCCUCAAAAUGAAGAAGACCCGGAGUACAACCUUACGGCGAGCCUGGCCUAGCUCUGAUUUCUCUGACCGGGCUUCUGAUCGCAUGAGGUCCCGCAGUGAAAAGGACUACCGCCUGCACAAACACUUCCCACCAGCUUUCCUUUCCCAGGCAUCACGGGGCUACAUGACAUCAGGUGAUGUAUCACCCAUCAGUAUGUCUCCCAUCAGUCAAUCACAGUUUAUCCCACUUGGGGAAAUUCUUUGUUUGGCCAUCUCUGCAAUGAACUCAGCACGAAAACAAGUCACACAAGAAGCACUAAUGGAACACCUAACAACCUGCUUCCCAGGGGUUCCAACUCCAAGUCCUGAAAUCCUUCGUCAUACCUUAAACAUGCUUGUACGAGAGAGGAAAAUAUACCCAACUCCAGAUGGCUACUUCAUUGUGACCCCGCAGACUUAUUUUAUAACACCAUCCCUUAUAAGAACUAACAGUAAAUGGUACCAUCUGGAUGAGAGGAUACCUGACAGGUCUCAGUGUACCUCUCCACAGCAAGGAACUAUAACUCCUUCCACCUCGGGCUGCGUCAGAGACCGAACAUUACCCAAAAACCACUGCGACUCUUGCCAUUGUUGCAGAGAAGACUUGCACAGUAUGCAUGCCUCCACUCUACAGAGGAAAUCAGCAAAAGACUGCAAGGACUCCUAUUGCCCCCCUUCUCUGUGCCAGGUGCCACCCACUGAAAAAAGUAAAAGUACUGUAAAUUUUUCUUACAAAACAGAGACACUUACAAAGCCUAAAGAUGGAGAAAAGCAGUCUAAGAAGUUUGGGCUAAAAUUAUUUCGACUCAGUUUCAAAAAAGAUAAGACAAAGCAGUUGGCUAAUUUUUCUGCCCAGUUCCCUCCAGAGGAAUGGCCCUUGAGAGAUGAAGAUACACCCACUACAAUACCUAGGGAAGUAGAGAUGGAGAUUAUUAGGCGUAUCAACCCAGAUUUGACUGUAGAAAAUGUCAUGAGGCACACUGCACUAAUGAAAAAACUUGAAGAAGAAAAAGCUCAAAGAAGCAAGGCUGGAUCUUCAGCCCAUCAGAGUGGGAGGAGUAAAAAGAGUAGAAGUCAUAGGAAGUCUCAUGGAAAAUCUCGGUCACAUAGCAAAACCAGGGUCUCUAAAGGAGAUCCUUCAGAGGCUUCCCAUUUGGACAUACCAGGUGAAAGAGAGUAUGAUUUCUAUGAUCCCCUCACAAGAUCUCCACGGGAAGGCUGUUUCAUAAUAGAACACAAAAGGGACAAUUUUAUCAUGCACAGCAGCCCUAAUGUUCUUGAAUCUCAUUUUCCAAUGACACCUGAAUGGGAUGUAUCAGGAGAACUUGCCAAAAGGAGGACUGAGAUGCCUUUUCCUGAACCUUCAAGAGGAAGCUCUCAUUCUAAGGUCCACCGAAGCCACAGCCAUACACAGGACCGAAGGUCAAGAAAUGAGAGGUCAAAUAAAGCCAAGGAGCGAUCUCGAUCAAUGGAUAAUUCAAAAGGACCUUUGGGUGCAGGUCCUUUAAGUACACCUGAAGACAUAGCUGAAGCAUGCAGUCAAGAUGACCAAGCAACCAGCCAAACAUACAUUGACGAUAGCACCUUACGGCCUUCACAAUCACUCAGUCAUCAAAGGGCUCUGAUGUCAUCUUCAAACUACAAAGAGAUAGUUAAACCCGAAAAGACUGCAGAAACCCCCACUUCCUGUACCCUAUUGGAACAAAACAAGCCAGCAGAAAAUUUACCACCUUAUAAUGAGCUCAACUCUUGUACAACAAAAUCAGCCAUUGAUGAUUAUUUUCAGUGUAACACUUCUAGCGAAACUGUACUUACUGCCCCUUCCCCUUUGGGGAAAAAUAAAGAUGACCAUGACACAAUUACUUUGACAGAUAGUAUUAAAAAAGUGUCUCCAUCAGAAAGACAGUCACAGCACAUAGCCAGAGAACCUGGAGUGCACAAAGAGGAGUCACCUAAAGGGCCAAGCAACAUCAGCGGGCCAGUCGCUACUAGCCAAACCCCAGAAGUGAUUGCAAACGGCCGACUGGUUCAACAUCACAACACAGAAUCUAGUAGCCUUGAUAAGAGGAAAGAAAUAUUUAGCAAAGAUACACUUUUUAAGCCUCUCCACAGUACCCUAUCAGUUAACAGUUUUCACAAGCCUAGUGUGCCACUACUAAAACCUCAUCAAAAGACACCUUCUGACACAUUGCCAAGCAGAUGUGACAAACUCGAACAAGCUAUGGUAACCUCAGUUACUCAAGUCAUGCCUGUUUCACAGAGACAGCAAGAGACAGCUGGAAACCAAGAAGCAUCCUUUGAUUAUUACAACGUAUCUGAUGAUGAUGACUCUGAGGAAGGGACAAAUAAGAACACUGAAGAAGAGAAGAAUCGGGAUGAUGUGGGCACUAUGCAGUGGCUCCUUGAGCGGGAAAAAGAAAGAGACCUGCAAAGGAAGUUUGAGAAGAAUCUCACUCUCCUUGCUCCAAAAGAAACUGAAAACAGCAACAACCAGAGAGCCACACAUUCUGCAAGGCUGGACAGCAUGGACAGCAGCAGCAUCACAGUUGAUAGUGGGUUCAAUUCUCCACGUACUCGUGAGAGUUUAGCUUCCAACACUUCAAGCAUUGUUGAAAGCAACAGACGCCAGAACCCAGCUCUCAGUCCCGCGCAUGGUGGUGCAGGGCCAAUGUUCAGCUUCCGAGCAACUGCCGACCCUCCAACAAGUGAAACUGAAAAACUGCAGAAACCUGCUAACUGCCUGCAAGCUUCUGUUACAAGUGUUUGAUAGUGCUUCUGCCUCAGAUAUUCUGUCUCAUCCCAUACAGCAAAGUUUACGACACUGGGACUGAUGUUUACGUCUUUGGAAGGAAAAAAAAAGGCAUCUCAACUGCACAGUUUUUGGGCCUAAAAACUGUGCUGCUACAUAGGUAGGGGCAACAAGGAAAUCUUUAUUCAAGGUAUUGCUUUUCACAUUUUGCGGCUCUGUAGCGACAGAAUAGCAUAGGGAUAAUAUGUACACUUUUGCUUCACUUAAUCGUAACCGAGCACAUAUAUGAAAGUCUAGACACUGUAAGUGUAAUCUGCAUUUUCAAUGUCAUGCAGUUGCCAACUUCAUUUAAAAAUGCCACAGAUAUGUGAUGCCCCCUACCACAGAGUUGAUUAUUUUCCUUUAUAAACUGAGCCUUCAUUGAAAGUGAACAGCUAAGGGUCACCUUAAGGGGAAAUGAUGCCAAAUGAGAGUAGGAAAGACCUCAGCUCUACCCGUGAAUUAUUUAUACAUCUGUCAUUUUCACUGUGAGUCUUCAUGACAUGAUCCUGCAAAAUCCAUAGCAAACGUAAGUCAAAAGAGGUCAUGAUUUAAAGAUGAGGGAAGACGUGGGAGAUAAUGGAGAUGUUAUCUAUUUUACUUAUUUGAUUUCUUUACAAAUUAUGAGAUGUUUACCUAAAACUUAUUUCUUAAUUUCCCCUACUUGCAAGCAGGGAUAUAAGACUUUGAAUUGAAGGAGAAAGCUAACUUUGGUUGAGGCACAUCACUAAGUGAUAGAAGAGGUAACAAAUGGCUUUUUGUUAGUAUAAAUCAAGCAAAGUGUUACCCCAAAUUAUUAUUAAUAUCCAGUAAUUUUGAACGAAAAAGAAGAAAGCUCUUUGUGAUACAAAUGAUGAAUAAUGGCCUGAAGAGUUGAUUUCUUUCUAUGGAAGGACAUAUUAUAUUUCUAUUUUAUGUAGCUUUUAGAGUGCCUAAAUUAGGCUAUUGAAACUAGCAUACACUGUAGAGAACAGAUUGAGAGACUAAUAAACUUCAGGCCUUUUAUUGAAUUACAUUUCUUUGUAAGUAAACAUUGUAUGGAAAUACUUAGUUUAAGAACAGUCAUAUGAAUUGAAAUUAAAUGUGUCAAGAAGGAUCAGUGGAGAAUGAUUACUUGUCUGAUCUUAGAGAAUGAGAAACGAUAAAUACUGAUUCAUUGAUGUAUUCAAAAGCUUGCUAAGUUUUUCAUUGACAAAGGUUAGUUCAAUAAAAGACAUCACUUUACCUCUCUUGUGAGUCUCACAAAAUUGAUAAUAAAAGUGCUGUAUCUAAUUUGUAUGUCCUGAAACUGGUAACCCAAAGUAAUUUAUUUUUAAAAAGCUAUUCUAGAUUAAUGUUUGGAGAGAUCCACAAUUUCAAGCAUAAACUUGAAUCAAGGGCCAAAUUUUGCUGUCAGUUUUUAUGCAACCCCGUACUGCAGAAAACUUGUUUUCAAACAAUCAUAAUGGUGGUACAAGUUAAAAUAUAAAAUACAAGAAGAAAGAUCAGAAGCAGUGUAAAUUGUUGUAUGCAUUGACAUUUACACUAUCUUUUGUUGAUAUCGAGGUGAUAUGACCAAGCAUACUAUUAAAAACAGUAUUUUCAUCAGGUACCAGUGAUGAUUUGUAUAACCCUUUCAGGCUUCAUUUGUGUUCUGUGUUGUCUUCUGAAGGUGCACUCUUACCUUAAACCAGUUUUAAACCGCUUUCAGGUACUUUUGAAAUAGCUUUAUAGACACUGGGCACAAUUGGUUUCAGUUUACACUUGGGUAGAUUAUUACAUCACAGAUUGAGAGGCUCUGAUACAUGUACAGGGGCUCAGCUGUAUAUACUGGAGUUCUGAACAAGCAAGAGCGGGGUUCCUUUCCUUCAGUGCUGGUGUGUUGAACCCAUGUAAUCCCAUUGUGCAUACUGAGUUUUUGAGUCAUGUGAAGAUACGAGUUGCACCCCUUAUAUAACAACCACUAAAGGAUCAUGUCUAGACGCUUUCUUUAUUAUCUUGUACAAAUUCUGUUUGCUGUGAGCAGUAAGAAAGGGCUUAGUGCAUAAAAUGGGAACUAUUAUGCUGCUUGGUUGGUUUUCUUUUGGCCUCCCGCCUUAUAAAUACCUUCAAAGCUGUGCUAUAAUAACCCAGAAAUUCAUUGCCUGACACAUCUUACUGCUGACACCUGUAACUCUGGGAGUAUUUAAUACAUGCAGACUCCAGAGUCAGUUUUGGGGAGGAAAUUUAUAUAACACUACAGUUGCUAUUUUUUAAAAAUUGUGACAUACUCAUAUAUAGUAUGUAUCAGUUUACUAAUAAAAUUGCUGAAAUUAUAUCUUAAUUUAUAGCUGUAAACAAAAUUAAAAUACAGUAUUAAAAUGUGAAUGGGGAAGUAUUACCAUGUAAAUGGUGAAGAACUCUUCCUUUAGCUAAAAUAAUUGAAUUUUAUAUAUGUAGCAGUUAUAUAAAAGACAUCAUUCCAAAGUUAUACAAAGAACUUUCCCUCAGUUGACAUUCUGAUGAUCCCAAAGAAAGGCCUUAAUAAGAGCUUUUAAAAGCUUUAAAAAAAGCUUUUAAAAGCUCUUAUUAAUGUGGGCAUGGUCUGGUCAAGAAUAUAUUUAUGACAUUUUAUUAGUGAUAAUGUGACUCUCAGAACGUGUAAUAUAAACAAAAGCUAUAAAAAAGCAUAUUGUGCAUUCUUUUUGAAAGAAAUAUAAAGUCCAUCAUUAAGAUUAUAGAUACAUACUCACAGGAAUGGAGCUUGAGUGUUUUUGUCACUGUCAUCCUGUGAUGAAAUCAUUAUGACCUUAUAUGGUUGAUCACCUAUCUCAUCCUCCUUCUAAUGUAUCAACUGAAAGGUUUACAAAACCAGAAUGCGUUGAAUCUCUAUGUUGUAUUCAACUUUAAAGGGUCAACACAAAUCUGUCGGCAUUUUGCACACUUGAUAUGUAUUAUUAUAAUACAACAUGUUACUUUUAUGGUAAAAAUUUUUUACACAUAUAACUACCUCCAUGAAUUUGAUGAAAUGCAGCAACUUGUUUUUAAAAAAGGGUAUUGUUAAGAGCAGCAUUUAAAACUUUAUGAAGAAAAAGGCCAUGACGUUCUCUUGUGUGUCGGUGCUUGCGUAUGAAGUCAUUUUUCAUUGCCAUGAUUUCCUGUUACUGUAUUCAAUUGGCUUUUGGCUUUAGUAGUACAGGGUUUUAUACAAAGAUCAUAGAAUCUUUUAGAUAAACAAAAUUGGGGAUCAAAAUUGUUGUUUGUCUUUCCAUUUUUACUGAAGUUUCUACCUGGUAGAAAGUCCAGUGUUGCUUGUAAUUUAGAAGCCUGUUAAUAUAUACGGUAUAUGGAAUAUGAUUGGCUGUUUGGGGCUUAGCAAAAGACACACCAGGUAUUUUAAUAGCCUCCAUUUAAACACUUUGGGCCCUAUUCUGCCUUCAUUUAUGGCAGCAUAUCACACCAGUGCUUAGCUUAGAUCCUCAUUUUUUUUCUGCCUUCAAAUGGGUCACUGGUGCAAUAUGCUCUCCAUUUUCUCAAACUUAUGCAUCUUGGGGCUUGAAUACUGUAAAGUUCAAUCUUUCUCACAAUGAAGUAAAUAGUUUGAGAUCCUGACAUUAAUAGUAACAGUAACAGAAGUACCAAAUAAGAUGUUUUGGUAAGACUACCAAAUAAUAGUUUCCCUUUAGAUAGUCAGUAGAAUAAAGAAGUUGUUAAGAAGCUAAUUACAAAGCCAUCCUAAGUAGCAGCUGCCAUUCAACAGCUGCAAUUUUUAUAGAUAAGCUAGAUGCAGUUUUAGGGUGCUCAAAUCAACCCAUGCCAUUAUCUCUCAUAUAAUAAACGGGAUAGGAGGGACACGAUAUAAGACACUUUUCUAUUACUUGUAGUAACAUUGGCUUUAUUAUACACAAGGCUGUGAAUGUUCUGUGCCUGCAAAAGUCCAGAUCCUACAGCAAAGUAAUCCAGAUUCUGUACCAGGAAGAGUUACAUUUUUUCUCCUGCUAGCCUAGAAAAGUGAGGGGAAAGCUGAACAGAAGAUAGAAGCUGCACAUAGGACCCAACCACUAGCAGUAAUUUUCAGAGCCAUUCUGAAAUUUUUGAAGCUCAGUUUUUACAGAGAUUCCAAGAAUGCAACAUGCAUUCCAGAGCCAGAUUCAGUACUUGGGUGGUUCAGUCUUGCACACGUUGAAUACACGCAGCCACUGAAUAUAAGUAAAUUAGUAUAAGAUAGUUGCAUAUUUGGGAAGCAUUCUUGUAAAUCACCAGCAAUAGUUGUCAAUUAGAUGAAAUGACAGCUACUUUUCUUUUUUUGGCAGUUAGUGGGCAUAAAGAGCAGUUCGUGAAAAAGUGGUAAUAUGUUGCACUGAUAUUGUGCCUUUUACCUAAAAAUCUCAAGUGCUUCACAAAAUCAACAACUAGUGGAUAUAUAUAUAUACACAUAUAUAUCAUUGAAACCAAUAUGACUUACUUUUAAGUAAGUGUUCUGGGUUCAUAAACUGUCAAAGUGAUUGCCCUCUUCUGACUUUAAGCUAUUGAGCUUCAGUGCACCCUUAACUUCCUACUUAAUGAAUCUUAGUUUUAACUUUUAAAAUCAGUGUUAACACUGAAGCUAUUAAACAUUGGAAAUAAUUUUUGAGCCUUGCACCAGCAAUUUUAGAGUGCCAAAAUGUUUCACUUCCAGUAACACAGCAUUCCAACCAGUGAAAAAAAUUAAAAUACAAGCACUAAAAGAUAAUUUACACAGGAGUUUUCCUAAUAUGAAAUUGCUGUGCUGAGGAAAUUAGAGUUUGCUGUAAUUUAUACUCCUCUCUGCUCCUCCAUAUUGCUAGCUGCUUUUUAAAAAUCACUUCCAAUCCUAAUCAGAUAAAUAAUUGUCCCAAUCCAAAUUAUUUGAUUUGUAUCUCUUCAAAAAUGCAGUACUUUCCUCUUCCCAUUAGAUAAUCAAGGUAUCCUUCCUUUGCCAAACAGGUGGCCAAAUGUAUAAUACUAGAUAGAGGUUUCUUUUUCCAUCCUGAUGCAUUGAUAUUUGCUCUGCUGCAGAUCCACACACUAGGUGUUGUCACUGGAUUUGGACCAUGAAAUUAAAUCAAAAAUAGUGAGAUGUAUUUAUUUGCUAUUUUUCCAAAUCUGUUGUUUCUUCCAUUGUUGCAAAUCAUGCUUAAUGCAAUUGAAAUAAGCAGAACAUGUUUAUCUUCCUUGCUUUAAAAUAGUUUGAAUAUUCUGAGUUUUAAAAACUGUUUUAUCAUUCUGACAUAGAUAAUUAACAUGGCAUUAAAAUGGUCCCAGAUCAGCCCAGUAGGAUGAGCACAUGGAAGUGUUUUGUGAUGCAUAGUCAGUAAAUACAAUGUAAGAGAGAUGUGAAAGAGGGGAUAGCUUGUCUGCGAAAUUAAAUAUUUUGUACAUUUGACCAUAAUAUUGUAGCUAAUCCAGGAUCUGCAGGGACAGGGGACUUAAACACCAGGUGCCUGAUUUUGGUGGGCAUGAGGAAUGAGUUAGAAAGGCCCAUGAUACAGUGUGGUCUUGCCCUCAGUGGGACACCUGGUAUGCUGAAAUCGUCUGAACUUCAUGUGGUUAAGACAAAAUAUGGUGGCUAUUCCAGCAUCAUGUGACUAAGAAGCGAAGGUCGUACUAAUGUAAUUGUAGCCUGUACAGAAUGGCUGCUGCUUAAGUAGACAGGGACAGCUGAGUGGAAGAUUUGCUUUUGUUGGGGGAAAGUUCUUGGGACACAGUUAAGCAUAGAGCCAUUGUGUUAUCAUAUUCUGUCUGCCAGACUCUCAUAUGCCGAGUGUAUGAACAAAGACACAUCUCACAAAUUCACCAGAGUGCCUCCACUGUGAGUUGUUCUGGGUACCUUAAGAAACAUUAAGCAAACUACUCUCUAUGAGAAACUCACCCACAUACACCCCUCGAUGCUACUACACAACCAUGCAAAAGAAUACCCUAUACUCCAAUUGGAGGUUACAGGGUGCUAUUUAUAUAUAUAUUAAAAUACAUCAGACACCCACCUUGAGCAUACAAGAACUGAAUAGGGCCCGUCAAGUAUUUGGCACAGAUGUUAACUUCUGUAUGAACAAGAGACUUAACAGUUAAAGGGAUCAUAAUUCUGCAGGUAACCUUCUGUGAGUGACUGAAUGUGACUGUUGCAUUAGGUUUAAAUGAGUUAAUAAAUGCAAGUGGGACUUACUGUAUGCUAGAAGGGAGUUUUGCAACCAAGACUGCCUUGUAUAAAUGUGUUUGCACUGAAAAAUAAAAUAAAAUUACUUGGUCUCUGGUUGCUGUAAAGGUCAUCCAAGCUGGAUGUUCUGUUUAUAUUGUAUAGUAUUUCAUAUGAAAUAAUUACAGUUCAUGAAAUGUCUUCCCUUAACGUUACUGAUUUAUAACAGCACAUUUGUGACAUGGUUUUUAUUGUGUCAGUGUACCAUAUUGUAAAUGAUGAUAACUUGUCAUGCUUAGUAUAAUAACUUAAAAAGAAAAAAGGACAGGGAUUUUUGUAAGUCUAUAUUUGAAAGUCCCUCCAUAUGGUAAUAUUGUGUUCAUGUUGUUUAUGUAGUGUUGUGUGAAAUAUCCAUUUUGGAUUGUGUUACUUUUUAAAAUAUUAAAUAACAUUUGGUUAUA